GUUAUACGUGCUUGAGUUCCCCGCCUUUUGAGUAUGCAGCAGUGUCCUCGGGACGUCGCCUUAACAACAAUAUCACUGACGUUUGUUAAUUUGACGCUGUAUAACGGUUUUCUGAGAGACUUUAUCUGAACAUGUAGCUAACUACUCACUAAUAUACCCUUCAAAUUAACCGACAGGCCGUCAUGUUGCUGCCGUCCGACGUCGCUCGGCUUGUUUUGGGGUAUCUCCAAGAAGAGGGACUGUCUGACACAAGCCAAGCAUUCAUUCAUGAGAGCCCAAACCUGAAAGAGUAUGCUGAGCACACCACAGGAGAUGGGACGAUUCCUGCUUGUGUUUUUUCUGUCUUUGGGAAGGGCCUAACAACUAUCUUAAAUGAGUAUGUGGCUGCCAAAACAAAAGAGUCUUGUCAUGAAGUACCCGCCAUGAUGACCUCGCUGUGGAAAAAGCUGGAUUUUACACUCAACCAAAUCAAGUCAUUGCAGAAUUCGCCAGCUAUAUCAGCAUGUCAAAGUACUCGUUCACGCAUUGGAGUGGCAAACAUGGCUAGACAACGGAUCUUGACCCUGCCUUCAUCUGGCAGUGUCGUCUGCUCCACAGUCUCUGAAACAGGCUCCAUCAUCAGCCCUGUGCACACCUCACACAGCAUGCUUGGCCACUCUACUCCUGUGAGCUUCACUGGUCCGCACACCAGAGUACUUCUUGGCAGUGGCACACACCCGCAGAUCCAUGAUGGCAGCCGAAUACUAAAUUCGCCCAGGGAUUCACCCAUGCAGAUAAUAGUUUCAGAACAUCGGAUAAAUCCAGGCCCGAUGUCUCCUGGACGACGGAAAUGGAAGAGGACUGGUGCUCCGAGUGGGUCCAGUGGACCUGGCAGAUCCUCCGUGACUGUCAGUAACCUCGGCGCAGAACCGCAGCCUGAAGAGGUCAUUGAUGAGAACUUCCCUCAACUUGUUAUACAAAAUGCACGUGACAAGAUUUUGGGAGACAGAUCAUUACAAGAGAAGCUUGCUGAAAACAUAAACAAAAUCCUUGCCAAUGAGCCAACCCCCCAAACAUCAAAGGCCCCGUCAAGCACAGUGGAAGCAGACCAGUCUAUAGAUGAAAUCCUAGGAUUACAGGGGGAAAUACAUAUGAGUGACGAUGCCAUCCAUGACAUUUUGGAGCAAACAGAGUCUGACCCAGCUUUCCAGGCCCUCUUUGACCUCUUCGAUUACAAUAAAACCAAAUUCACUGAUGGAGAACCAGGAGAUGGAGAUAUUAGCAGUAGCCCAGAGGAGAGUGAUACUGCUGGACCGUCAUCUACAGUCAUACCCCUUCAGAGUGAUCCAGGUACUACACACAGAGAUGCUAAUGCUUCAGAUACGACACCCAUCACAGCGAAGACGAGAGGUGUACAAGAGCGCAAGACCAGAAAAUCAACCGCGCCCAUCUUGUUAAAGAAAACAGUUCUUGGCCCCAGCGGUAGAGCAUCCAGAAUCGAGAAAAGUUCGGCCAAAUUAUUAGUGAGUCAUGCAGAGCACCGAGGUGUCUUAUCUGGUGCAGCGGGCUUGAACAGAAAAGAAAAAGGCUCACUCUUCGAUAGCAGUGUUGGAGUAACACCAAUGGAUAUCGAUGAACCGUUGAAUACGCCGCCCCCUCCGUCAGACAGCAUGGCCCCUCAGGAGGUACUCGAGCCUGCCACAAAAGACAGUUUCCCCACCUCAACAGCACUCAGUGUAUCAACCACAGAUCCCUCAUCGAGAGCUACUGCUGCAACAGAUACAGCAUCAACCUCUAAUGGAAACAAAAGACAGGACAGUAAACAAGCACAAGGAUCGAAAGAGGGACCUGCUACAGCCCUGUCUUCAGUUCUGAGUAGUCAGCCUACUUUUGUGUCUUCUGUACAAGUUGAACCAAACAACACUCCAACAAUGACUGCUGACCUGCCUCAUAUGUCUGUUUCAAGCAGUGGAGGAGAAACUCAACCAGUAUCUAUUCUCUCUUUAACACCUGAAUUUGCCUCCUCCACAUUUACAGGUGCCACAGUUACAGCUGCAUUUAACUUGCCCUCAUCAGCUUCCACUGCUGCACCUUUUGCAGCAACACUUGGUAUACCCACAUCUGCUUGUACCUCUACAACUCUUACAGCAACACCUGCCUCAUCCACACAUACUUCACCUCCAUCCUCCUCCUCCUGUGCCCCAGUCACUGCAGCAUCUGAUCCAGUGAUCACCAACCAUAGUGCUCCAAGCAAGGCUGCAGGUGAUUCCAGUAAUAUAGUUUCUUUAAAGAUCAUCAUUAGUGAUAACCAGGAUGAAAAUUCUGCCACUGACACAGCCUUGAAUCAGGCAGUUUCUAGUAUUUCUGGGGACAAGAUACCUACGAUCUACCUUUCCUCUCCAGCUAAAUCCCCCAGAUGCCCUGGCACACCAAAAGCCAACUUGGACGAGACUGCACAGGCAGUUAGUGGCUUACAAAGCUCUGAGGCACAGGCUAAUCCUCUCAGCAGCAGUAAGGCUGGGGCAGUAGUUGCGUCUCCAUUGACAGGGACUUCACAAGCCCAGCAAAGCUACAUAAUUCAACUACCCCUGGACGCCACUAACCCUACCCUCCAAGGAGCCACUGCCAGCUAUUUCCUUGUGACUGAACCCCCGACUAAUGAUGCUCAAGCCAGACAGGUGCUAGUGCCUGCUGGUGUCUCAAAGGGACAGCCUUUUCACACAAGCAGCCAGUAUGGUGUGACCACACCGAAUCGCUCUAAAGGCUACCCCACUGGGUCACCACUCAUCUUACCAUCACCCAUUAAGCCCAUGAUGCUUCCUGUGUCUGUUAUGGGGCAGAACACUCUGUCGAAGGUCCAAAUGGUGUCCAAUCAGCUUGUUGCAAUACCAAAACCAGUGUCGGUACAGCAGCCUGAAACUGUCAAGCCCAAACCUUCCACAGUGGCGGUCAAACAGUCUACAGCUGGUGGUGCUGAGCAAAAUCUUGUUGGUAAGGUGAUUCAACCCUUGUCGGCAGAAAACACAGGCCAGCAGACUUUGCUAAGGGGCGCCAGUCCUAGUCAUAGGAGAAUUUUAUGUUUUGAGUCUUCUGCAGAAGUUCAACUACAGGCUGCUAAAACAACAAGGAACACCACACCCCCAGCUGUAAAUACAUCCACAUCACAAUCUGUCACACAGACUGAAAAAGAUACUUCAGAGACGGGCCCUAGAACAAAGCCUACUAUCCUGGGUGGUAACAAGCCCAAAAGGAGGGUCCAGACUGUCCGAUGCUCAGCAGAUCCUCAGACUGGAGUAGGGUUGGUAAAAGAGACAGAAAAGUCCAUGCUUCCACAACAGCAACACAAAGAUCCUACGAAAAAGAACUCUUGCAAACAAGAUCAUAACAUCCAUAACCAAGAACCUGAUACUGCAACAACCAGCAGGGUUGAUGCCUCAAAGCCUGAGUCUUUGAAAAAGUCAGAAUCAGGAAGGAGAUCAAAAUCUAUCGACAGGAAACACAAUCAUGAUAAGAAUAAUGAUGAAGCAAAAUCUAAGGAUUCUCAUAGCUCUAGGUCAUCGUCCUCUGAUUCUGCACUGAAAUCAGGAAGUAGUAAAGACAAAGAUGAGAGCAGCAGGAAAGAACCUGCAGAAAAAGGUCCUGCUAAAUCACGUGAGGGGCGUACAGAGAAGAGGACUCCCUCUCAGGAGAUGCCAAAUGUGAUGGCUAACAAGGAAAAUGAAAUGAAGGGUAGCUUACAAGAGCAACAACAGUCAACACCUUCCUCCUCAGCACCAAGAGACUUUAGCCCUUCAGCUGUCACCCAGACUGCAUCCAAUCCCCAGUCUAAGGCUGCAAAAGCUCCCUCAAAGACCAGCUCUCUGGCCAAACAGGCAGCCGAGAUGCUGCAGGGCAUUCAGGGGCUCAACUCUCCUUCAACCCCAGUUAAGAGACCAGGAGUCAGUGGUACAGACCUUACUCUUCCUCGGACCCCGGCGACAGGCCGGAACCAGGAGGAGUCCAUUGACUGUUCCAGGACUCCUUCCCGACAGAAAAUGGGUAAAGAUGGAGAGGGAACACCCAAGAAUACCAUGCCUCCCAACACCCCAGAUGUCCCCAGCUGCAGCCCUGCCAGUGAGGCUGGCAGUGAAAACUGCAUUAAUAUGGCUGCUCACACACUAAUGAUCCUCUCACGUGCUGCCAUUGCCAGGACAGGCACUCCACUAAAGGACAGUUUGCGUCAGGAGGGAGUAGGUGAAAAGUCUCCCACAAGCUUAAAGAACUCUAAGAAGCGCAAGCAGUCUUCUCCCACAGCCAGCCCUCCUUCAAAGAAGGACUCAAAACAGUCCCCUGGCAAGAAGAAAGACCGGGAAAAGAAGAAACUUAUAGAUUGCUUUCCCCAUGACUUGGACGUGGAUAAGUUCCUCUCUUCACUUCACUACGAUGAGUAAAACCGGACACACCAACAGGAAAGGAUUACCAUAUCACUACCUGCUUAAGUUACUAUCCAGGAAUAAAAACAAGCCAUCUGCUAAACCGGUGCCUAUGAUUCCUAUUAGUAACCUAGUCUGAGCCCUUAUAAGCUCUAAUAUCUCCUUCAGCCAAUGAGGGACUUUGAUUCGUCUGACUAGUUUACAGUGUGGGUGAUACGGAUAAAAUCCUGUUGGAUGCAGCAGCAGUAGGACAACCAUGGCAAUUUCUUCCUUUUUCAUCCUCAUGCUCACUUCUGUUUUAAUCAUUGUUUUGUACUACAACAAAUUUAGUACAGAUUUGUAUUUGAGCACUUUGACAUAACGGGUGGAUGUUGAUAAAAUGGGUGACUCAAAGCAUUUCCUUGGUCAAUAUUUGACUCCACUUUGAUGAAUCCAGCUAACUGUAAUUUUAGUAACUGAAUUAAGAGCUCUCAAUAUUGUAUUUUAGGCAGAAACGUGUAUAGUUUCACUUCUUGUUGUUUUGUUUUGGUAGAAUCAGACAUACUCAGCGUGAAAAUGGCUGUAACUGUUCAAAUUUGCCUACACAGGCUUCAUUCAAUGUUGUAAUAAAACAAAGAAACAGU